AUGUGGGCUUUACUGGCUGCUGCUCUCUGCUUGGGAUCCUCUGUUAGUGCUGAACACUCAUGUCCCGAAAUAAAAUAUGUGGCAAUUGGAGAAACUGAUAAGCUGACAAUCCUGCGAGGAUGUCCUGGUCUGCCUGGAGCUCCUGGGCUAAAAGGAGAAGUUGGUUCAUCAGGGGAGAAAGGACUUAAAGGAGACCCUGGAAAGGCCGGACCUGCAGGACAGCCAGGAUCUGCUGGUUCUCCUGGAUUACCGGGACUGAAAGGAGAGAAAGGGGAAUCUAUAUUUUCAGGUCCAGCUUAUGCUCCUCGAAAUUGCAAGGAACUACGGGAGCAAGGGACUUACCUCAGUGGGUGGUACAAAGUAUAUCCAGAUGGAGAGAAUCCUCUUACAGUCUUGUGUGACAUGGAUACAGAUGGAGGAGGAUGGAUUGUUUUCCAGAGACGGUAUGAUGGCAGUGUGAAUUUUUUCAGAGAGUGGAAUGACUACAAGCAGGGGUUUGGUAACCAGCUUAGUGAGUUCUGGCUGGGAAAUGAAAAUAUUCACCGCCUUACAUCUACAGGAACCCAUACACUUCGAAUAGAUCUGACAGAUUUUGAACAUAACUACAGUUUUGCCACCUAUGCUUCAUUUGCCCUAUCAGGAGAAAGCAACAAUUAUACGCUGAAUGUUGGCCCAUCCACUGGAGGCACUGCAGGUGACGGUCUCGUUUAUCACAAUGGGCGCCCCUUCACAACCAAAGACAAAGACAAUGAUGCUUAUCCAGAUAAUUGUGCAGUAAGCUUUAAAGGUGCUUGGUGGUAUGGAGCAUGUCAUAAUUCCAAUCUCAAUGGGCAGUAUCUGAGAGGAACACAUGCCAGCUAUGCCGAUGGAGUCAAUUGGGAAUUUGGAAAAGGGCAGCAUUAUUCCUAUAAAAUGACUGAAAUGAAGUUCAGGCCAGUUUAAUAUGUAUUUUUUUUAUAGUUUCAAAGUAGCCAAUUUUGGGGGGCCUUCAAGAAUUUUACUAGAGAGUGACUACAUAUUACCAAAGACAUCACAAUAAUGAAGUUGUUUAAAAUGUAUGAGGGUGUACCCCACAUUUCACAGAAUAAUCUAUGAUAUGACACAUUUGUAUUUGUAACCUCAUGUGUUAUGUAUAACCAUAUACAAUA